GAAAUAAUUUUGGUAUACCAUUUUUGGUAGCCUUUUCUAAUAUCAGUUGUUGCCUUUAAGACUGUUAUUGCCCAGGUCAGACUUGCAGAGAUAGACAGAGACAUUCCAUGAUGGUUUAUCUGCAAAACCACCACAGGCUUCCUGUUUUUUCUCAGCUAAACUAGCAAAACCAGCGUUUUCAGGAGCACUAUUUUAUUGACCCCCUCCCCCUCCUCCUCCGUCUCUCUCAACCGCAAAAAUGGUCAAACCCAGUUGGGCAUUUGUUAUCACCUACUUCAUCAUCUUCCUCAACCUUCUUCUGGGCAGUGUUUUUGCAACUAUUCCCGCAGACCCACUUGCCCAACAGGAAUUGGACAAAGUUCUUAAGCUCCCUGGUCAGACCUUCAACCUGAGCUUUGCACACUAUGCUGGGUAUGCCACUGUCAAUGAAGAUUCUGGGAGGGCUCUCUUCUACUGGCUUGUUGAGGCUGCUGAGGACCCUGGUUCUAAGCCUGUUGUUCUCUGGCUAAAUGGAGGACCUGGAUGUUCAUCAAUUGCUUACGGGGAGGCAGAGGAAGUUGGUCCGUUUCAUAUUAUGGCAGACGGGAAGACCCUAUAUUUGAAUCCUUACUCUUGGAAUCAAGUUGCUAACAUUCUAUUUCUUGAUUCACCUGUUGGAGUUGGUUUUUCUUAUUCAAACACUUCCUCUGAUUUGCUAUCCAAUGGAGAUAAAAGAACGGCUAAAGACUCUCUAGCAUUUCUAUUGAAAUGGUUUGAGCGCUUUCCCCAGUACAAGGGAAGAGACUUUUAUAUCACUGGAGAGAGCUAUGGAGGACAUUAUGUUCCUCAGCUAAGCCAAGCAAUUGUGAAGCACAACUUGGAAACUAAGGAAAAAGCAAUUAAUCUGAAGGGUUAUAUGGUGGGCAAUGCUCUGACUGAUGAUUAUCAUGAUCAUUUGGGGGUUUUCCAGUUUAUGUGGUCGGCUGGUUUGAUUUCUGAUCAAACAUACAAGUCGCUGAACCUUCUUUGUGACUUCCAGUCAUUUAUACACACCUCAAAUUCAUGUGACAAUAUUCUAGACAUUGCUAGUGCAGAACUUGGAAACAUUGACCCUUACAGCAUCUACACUCCUGCAUGCCCUGCUAAUGUUAGCCAGUCAAAUCGGCUGCUGAAACGAAUGCAUAAGGUGGGCCGCAUCAGUGAGAAGUAUGAUCCUUGCACAGAGGCACACUCAGUUGUAUACUUCAAUCUACCUGAGGUUCAAAAGGCUCUCCAUGUUAAUCCAAAUCAUGCACCAUCUAAGUGGGCAACCUGCAGUGAUGUGGUAUACACCACUUGGCAGGAUUCUCCGAGGACAGUGCUGGACGUCUACGAGGAGCUGAUACAUUCAGGACUUCGUAUAUGGAUGUUCAGUGGUGAUACAGAUUCCGUGAUCCCAGUUACAUCUACCCGAUACAGUAUAGACGCUCUUAAGCUUCCAACUGUCAAGCCCUGGCGUCCCUGGUAUGAUGAUGGGCAGGUUGGAGGAUGGACACAAGAAUAUGCUGGGCUGACAUUUGUGUCGGUGAGGGGAGCAGGCCAUGAAGUCCCUUUGCACAAACCCAAGCAAGCGCUUACACUCAUCAAAGCUUUCUUGUCAGGAUCUUCAAUGCCUUCUUCAGAACUUUUCAGUGACUCUUGAAGGUUUCUUUUCGCAAUUGGUGCUUGAAUUGGCAGGAAAAAUUCAUGCAGUGUAAUGCUUGGUUACUUAGCAUGUAUUACUGCGGAAGUGGUCACAUUGUUUUACGUUGUAAUUUAAGAAGAAAAAAAAAAAGGAACUUGAGAGUGGCUGUCAUUUUGAAGUUAGAACAGGCUUUGCCAUUCAAUAAUCAUGUACUGCUAUGCAAGAUUUUACCCUGUCUUUAAGACGACAUGUCA